UGACAUUCUCAUUGGCCGCCGGACGUCUGCCUGAUGCAGCGGGCCUUUCGUAGGAGACCGGAAGUGUAGUUGAAGACAGAUAGGGUCCGGCAGUGGGGACUGCCUCUGUGAUCAGAAAUGGAGAGAAAAGUAAGCAGAAUCUACCUUGCUUCUGAACCUGAUGUAGUUCAUUUUCUACAAGUUGCUUGGGAGAAAACACUAGGAUCGGGUUUUGUUAUUACACUUACUGAUGGUCAGUCAGCAUGGAUUGGCACAGUUCGUGGAGCAGAGAUUUCCCAAGAAGCAGAUGACAUGGCGAUGGAAAAAGAGAAAUAUGUUGAUGAACUGAGAAAAGCACUGGUGUCAGGAGCAGGACCAGCUGACACAUACAAGUUUAAUUUUUCUAAGGAUUCCUGUCAUUUCUCCUUUGAUAAAAACCUGAAAGAUGUUUCAUUUGAACUUGGUUCCUUCAACCUAGAGAAAGUUGCAAACCCGGCUGAGGUCAUUAGAAAACUUAUUUGUGACUGCCUGGACACCACUGCAGAAAACCAAGCCAAAAAUGAGCACCUGCAGAGAGAAAAUGAAAGGCUUCUGAGAGAUUGGAAUGAUGUUCAAGGACGAUUUGAAAAAUGUGUGAGUGCUAAGGAAGCUGUGGAGACUGACCUUUAUAAACGGUUUGUUCUGGUGCUGAAUGAGAAGAAAGCAAAGAUCAGAAGCUUACAUAAAUUGUUAAAUGAAGUUCAAGAACCAGAAAAGAACAUGGAGCAUGAAAGAGAAACUACAACACAUUCCGAAGUGACUGCUGACAGAGAUGCAGUCUAUGAUGAGAGCACUGAUGAAGAAAGUGGAACCCCACCGAAUCCCUCCGUGUUAGCUCCAGAUUCCACAUAUAAGUGAUAUCUCCAGGUCCAUCCAUGUUGCUGCAGAUGUCAUUAUUUCAUUCAUUUUAUGGCUGAGUAGUAUCCCAUUGUGUGUGUGUGUGUGUGUGUGUGUGUGUGUGUGUGUGUAUACAGAUAUACAUACCACAUCUUUAUCUAGUCAUCUAUUGUUGGGCAUUUAGGUUGUUUCCAUGGCUUGGGCAUUGUAAAUACUGCUGCUUUGAACAUUGGGAUGUAUGUAUCUUUUUGAAUUAGAGUUUCCUCCAGAUAUAUGCCCAGGAGUGGGAUUGCUGGAUUAUAUGGUAAGUCUAUUUUUACUUUUUUGAGAAAUUUCCAUACUGUUUUCUAUAGUGGCUGCACCAAACUACAUUCCCACCAACAGUGUAGGAGGGUUCCCUUUUCUCCACACUUUCUCCAGCAUUUAUCAUUGGUGAUCUUUUGAAUCAUGGCCAUUCUGACUGGUGUGAAGUGAUACCUCAUUGUAGUUUUGAUUUGCAUUCCUCUAAUAGCUAGUGAUAUUGAGCAUUUUUUCAUGUGCCUAUUGGCCGUUUGUGUAUCUUCACUGGAGAAAUUUUUAUUUAGAUCUCUUGCCUGUUUUUGGAUUGGGUUGGGUUUUUUUGUUAUUCAGUUGUAUAAACUAUUUGUAUAUUCUGGAAAUUAAGCCCUUGUCAUUGACAGUAUUUGCAAAUAUUUUCUCCCAUUCCGUAGAUUGACUUUUUGUUUAUAGUGUCCUUUACUGUGCAAAAGGUUAUAAGUUUAAUUAUACUACAGAACUACAGUAAUCAAAACUGCAUGAUAUUGGCACAAAAACAGACAUAUGGAUCAAUGGAACAGAAUACAGAGCCUAGAAAUAAACCCACACACCUAUGAUCAAUUAAUCUUUGACAAAGGAGAAAAUGGAAAAAAGACAACCUCUUCGGCAAGUGGUGUUGAGAAAGCUGGACAGCCACGUGUAAAUUGAAGUUAGAACACUCCCUCACAUGAUACCCAAAAAUAAGCUCAAAAUGGCUUAAAGCCUUAAACAUAAGGCAAGACACUAUAAAUUUCCUAGAAGAAAACACAGGCAAAACAUUCGCUGACAUAAAUCUUAGCAAUAUUCUCCUAGGUCAGUCUACCCAGGCAAUAGAAAUCAAGGCAAAAAUAAACAAAUGAACUUGAAUUUUCUUAUCCAUACACUGAGACUUAAGUUAAACAGUUAACCUGACCAUCUCUGAAAUAUUAGCUCAGGCUACUUGUCCCUCAUCCUUUCUAAAGUCAGGUGCUCUUUGCAAGAUUUUUGUGAAUUCCUGUAGGAUUUAUUUUCACAACUACCUCUGCUCUGAAUUCCUGCUUCUACUGGGCUGUCUCACAUUUUAUUGACCCCAAUUUUCUUCCUUCCCUACUCCCUGCCAACUCCACCAUGGGACUCGCCUACUUUUCCUUGAUUUGCAUGACAAAAGCACUGAGAAAUCACUGUGUAUAGCAGAAUUAAUUGCAGGUUUGGGUCAAAGAGAGGCAAAAUGAGCAGUUUAGUUUGAUUUUACCAUAACUCGGUUCUUUAAAGUCUUCUGGCUUUUCUGCUCAUGAGUUUCCCAUUGACAACUUGUCUCCAUAGGGUCCAGCCUCCUGCCAUGCUGUCUAUGCCUUCCUCUCUCCUUCCCUCCUCUCCACUCAGUUUCCCCGUGUCCCUCAUUUUCUCAUACAGAGCCACUCAGCUAUUUUCUCUGUCUUUUAAUUGUUCCUAGUCAUGUAACAUAUUUUCAUGUAACAUUUCCCUACUGUUGAAUGUUAAAAUAAUACUACCUACCCUCCGACACCAUACCUGCAAUGUCAUUUUUUUAAAAUGGAAUGACUUCUCGGCAAACCAAGACCUGACUGAAGGUAUUGAACUAUGUAAAGAAAUAAUGUGACUAUCAGAAGAGGGUGAAUUUGCCAUUGAGGUAUAAAAAAUGAAGAACUCCAGAGAAAAACAUUUUAAGUGCGUGUUCAAGUGCCUAUCUAGGGAAGAGAAAAUCUAUCCCAGAGCUUUAAAUAAGUUCAUAUAUUCACUCAUUAGUUCCUUUAUUCAUAUUCUCCCUCAAAAGAUAAAAUUGCAGGUCUUCUGUAUUGACCAUCACUGGUUAUCUUUCCUUAUGAUUUGGGAUCUCAAACUUCUGACUUGGAGACAGAUUUUUGUACGCAACAAUCUAUCAUCCAAAGGCUGUGUUUGUUUAGUAAGAAUUCUGUGUUCUGUAAGAAUUAUGAUAUUUGAGGCAGGUGAGAGAGAGAGAAAAUAUGUAAUAAAACAAAUACUAGUAUUUUCUUGAGGAAUUCUGUAUAAAAUAUUGACAUUUCUGAAGGGCAUUUCUAUCUUCAUUUGAUUUUUCCAUUACAGCCCUAACCUAUGGUAUAUAACAUCAGUAACUUUCAUAAUUGCCUACAAUCAGCAAACAUUGAAGUUUUUCAUUGAUAGUAACCCAGUGGUGUUUUUGCUUUCACUAUCCUUUGCAUCAGUAAUCUUAAAAAUCCCAAGAUUCUGAAAUUCAGAUUAAGUACAGGGACAUGGGACCUUAAGGUUACACAAAAUUGUGGUUGGAAGUACGCAAGUCCUGACGUGUAUGUGUUCAUUCAUUCAUCAAAUGUUUACUCAACACCUUGUGCUAAGCACCCUGCCAGGCACUGGGGAUAUGAAAGCGAGUAAGAUAUCACUCUUGUUUCACAGCGUCCGGAAGUCUACACUAAGGAGAGGGCAAAGCUGUACACAAUCAGGAUGGGUGAUAAGUGCUGUAAAAGAGCUGAGCCCAGGAUGCUCAGAGGACAUAAGGACAAUCAGCCUGCUCUUAUUUUGUCGGGAGAGUACGGGGAGAAGAGUCUGUGGCCAAGGGAACUUGAGAGAGGAGACAGAAGUUUGAACUGGAUUCUAGGAUGGCUACGGGAUUGCCAGGUGGUUAACGUACCCGGAAUGGGGGAGCGUGGCAUCUUCAGCGCCUUGUGGCUGGAGUGGAGGGAGGGGGAGAAAAGAUGAACCACGAGGCUGAGAAGGUAGGGCAGGCUACCUACUGGCUUUAACCUGAAUGAACAGCUGUAAGGGAAGUAAGGGGUGACCUGAUUCGAUCUGUGCUUUUGAAAGGGAAUCGGAGGGCAGCGUAAGGGCAUAACCACAGGCACCCAGAGGUCUCCCAUUUCUUUGCAGUUUAUGUAACUCCCUGAUGCUCUUCCCAGCCUGUCUGGAAAAUUGUCAAAAUCCACUUCAUACUGCCACCGAUUCAAGUUUUCCAACAGUCUCGGGAAGUUGAGAGACUCCUGAUAGAGUGACAACCCGCCCACAACAAACAGAGCCCCCACUCUGGUGCCUGGGCCGGGGCUUUGGUACAAGCAGGAGUGGUUUCAUCAUUUCCUCUCAGCGUGAUUUCAGGAUAUUUUUAAGCCUCUUGUGCAACUAUCGUCCUUUCUUGAACAUUCUCAGCCGUGCUUUGACAUUCCUGUUUUCUGGAGAAUGCUGCUUGUAUACACCUUUGGAGGAAUUGCUGCCACUGUCCUCAUUAAUUCACUUCUUGCACCUCUUUCUGGUGGCUGUAGCUGCGACUAAGCUGUUGGAAGCAAUGUUCACAUUUAUUUCCUAAGGCUUCAGCACUUUGUACAAAGGUACCAGUUCUGGAUCCAAACCUUGUUGGGGGAGGGAUGGAGUGCAUUUCAAUACACUGGUGCCAUUCGAAGGAUGCUAAAUAACAUAAAGCAUCAUGAAAGAGGGGCUUAAAUCCUGAAAGGAGACAUUGUGAACUAACCUUUUAUUCCCUGGGAGUUUGAUCCCAGGACAGUUAAAGCUACAGACUAUUUUUUCCCCAAAUAUAAAGUAGCAGAACUCGCGCUUUUUAAAAAAAUCAAAUUAUAUUCUGUUUUCAAGUUUCAACACAAAACGUGAGACAGUAUUUCUCACUGUCUUUCUAGUAAAUACACAUAUUAGCCACUGUUUCUUCACAGAUUUCAGGGGCAAGUGCAUGAGGAGGUACUUUUUCCACCUCACUCAUGAUUUUUGUGUAACUGAACUUUAUAAGGAUAUCUAAAAAUCUUCAUGAGUCUAUCUUCCAAUGCACUUGAAAAUAAUUAGGUUUUCUAUCACUUCCCUUCAUCUCCUUAUCAGAGAAGCAACCAGCCCUUCUAUGAAUAUGGCUAAAUCAUAUCAUAGAAUCACUGAAACUGUUUUCUACAUUAAAACAACUGCCAAGUCCCGGGAGCCCUGAAACAGGAGCGGGCAUCCCUACUCAAGAUCAUUUUUUUAUAAGCCUUGUCUUAUAAAGAAAGGUGAGGUUUAGUCCUCAUUUUAUUCCAUUUAAUUAGAGAACAGCUGAAAAUCCUGUCUUGCAUUUUCAACACAUGUUUCCAAUUAGUGCAGCCAAGCAGGACCUUGAAUUUGAUAAAAGCACUGACGUGUACCUUUGGUGCCUGUACAAUGUACUCUUUCAUUUUACAAGGUGGCUGAAGUGCGGCUUUAAAUAUCUUUUUUUUUUUUUAGUGUUAACAGAAACCCAGGGGUAUAAGCUUGGAAAAAAAAAAAAAGUGAAGAGAGGCAAACACAAUUUUGUUUGAAUUGCCUGCCUAGACUUUUCAAACCCUGUACACAGAAGGAAGCUGAUUUGGUAAAAUCUGCAGUGGGCAUUUGCAGGCUUGUGUGCAAAAAACAUUAAGGUUCAUGAGACUUGUGCUCAGAGGCCAUUAGGCGGGAGAUCCAUCACCUUAGGAAAUACCACUUACUAUACUGUAAGUUUGCUUCAUGUGACUGAUCUGCUUAAAAGGCAAUGGAAAUCUUAUUCAAAGAAAUAGUUCCAGACCACAUUAUAACUGACAGGAUAUUUGCCUUCAGUGCAACGUUUUCAGGGUAACUUUCGAAAGUUUAUAUGUUUCUAAGUAGGAAAGUAAAACUAGUGUCCCAGAAUCUGGGAAUUAGACAUGGAAGAGACUAAUGUAGGCCAUCACAUCCCACCUCCUGCCAAAAUAAAGGGAACUAGCUAGAGGAAACAGUAAGAUAAAACAAGUGAAAUAUUUUAUGACUCCUUCACAUAGUGUGUGUUCCAUGCUGUCCCAGGAACAGUGGAAUGAUUUUCUAUUUUGGGUCGUGGGAAAGCAUGAUGUCUUUAGUCCCAGAAGGCUAAGGCACAUAUACUGUUUUAGGGCCCUAUGUGAAGAUUAAAAGCGAACUUCUUUGUGCCUGGCUUUUAUUUUCAGAGCUAUCAUUGCAUUUUGGGCCCAUAAUUCACAAACUAGAGACAUGUGUCCAUUAAGAAACAAUAAACUCCAUCUCCUAGACUCACUGCCAGUUGCAUUGUUCAGAAAUAUCCAAAAGUGCCAAGAUAAAAACAAAAAUAUGAAUAGAAUAAAACUGAGUGAUUAGAUAAAUUCAACCUAAGAAAAAAUAACUUGAGUGAGAACUCUUGAGAUCAAUUCUCUUAGCAAAUUUCAAGUAUGCAAAACAUUAUUAUUAACUCUAAUCACUAAGCUGUAUAUUAGGUCUCUAGACGUAUUCAUCUUAUAAGCUGAAAACGUAUGCCCUUUGAUCAGUAUCUCCCAUUUUCCCUCACCCUCCAGCCUAUUAUAACCACCAUUUUACUAUGAGUUUGGCUUCUUUUUUUAUUUCUACAUAUAAGUGAAAUCAUAUGAUAUUUAUCUUUCUGUGUCUGACUUAUUUCACUUAGCAUAAUGUCCUCCAGGCUCAUCCAAAUUGAUGCAAAUGGCAGGAUUUCCUUGUUUUCAAAAGCUGAAUAAUAGUCCAUUGUCUGUGUGUGUGUAUGUGUGUGUAUUUUCUUUAUUCAUUCAUCUUUUGACCUAUAGUGUAUAUCCAUUUUGGCUACUAUAAAUAAUAAUGCUACAAUGAACUAAUUUUCAACAAAAGUACCAAGAAUACAUAAUAGGGAAACGAUAGUCUCUUCAAUAAAUGGUGUUGGGGAAACUGGAUUACCACAUAGCAAAAGAAUGAAAUAGGACUCUUUUCUUACACCAUAGACAAAUAUCAACUCAAAAUGGAUUAAAGACUUAAAUGUAAGCCCUGAAACCAUAAAACUCCUAGGAGAAAACAUAGGGGGUAAGCUCCUUGAUGUUGGACUUGGAAACAAAUUUUUGGAAUUGACAUCAAAGCACAGAUUGCAAAAGAAAGCAUAAACAAGUGGGACUGCAUCAAACUAAAAAGUUUCUUCACAGCAAAAGAAAUGAUCAAGAUAAUGAAAAGGCGACCUAUGGAAUAGGAGGAAAUAUUUGCAAGUCAUAUGUCUGAUAAGGGAUUAAUAUGCAAAAUAUUUAAGGAAUUUCUAUGACUCAAUAGCAAAAAAAAAAAAAAAAACCCUAAAUAACCAUAUUUAAAAAUGUGCAAAGAACCUAAAUAGACAUCUUUCCAAAGAAGACAUACAAAUCCCAACAGGUUAUGAAAAGAUGCUCAAUAUCACUAGGCACCAGGGAAAUGCAACUCAAAACCAUAAUAAGAUACCAAUUAGGGUGGCUUUCCUCAAAAAGUGAAAGAUAAGUGUUGGUGAGGAUGUGGAGAAAAGGAAAACCUUGUGCACUGUUGGUGAGAAUGUGAAUUAGUUCAGCCACUAUGGAAAACAGUGUGGAGGUUCUUCAAAAAAUUAUAAAUACCUAAUGAUCCAGAGAUCGCACUUGUGUACAUAUCCAAAGGAAAUUAAAUCACUCUCUUGAAGAGAUAGUUGCACUCUCAUGUUGAUAUUAACUUUAAAUAUCCAGAAUAAAGAUCUGAGCCUUCACUUCAUGUGACUGUUGGGCUCUUCUCUCUACAGGUCCACCCUGGUCAUCAUUUAUCAUGGCAGCCAACUAUCUGGCUCAGGCCUUACAUCUCUGCUCCUUAUGUGGUCUGUGGGCCACUGCUCAUUCAUUUAUCUCCCUAGAAUGACUUUCCUUAAGCUGCUGCUGCCCCACCAUAUUGCUCUACCCCAAAAAGUGGCAUCAGACCUUCUUUGAUUCCCCACAGCCCAGCAGAGACCAGGCUGUUACUUUAAAUAAGUCUUUGUCAAGCUCUCCAGUGAACUCCAUAUUGGUAAAUUCAGUGGUCACUCCACACUGCAAUACUGAUUACCUGAAAGCCUGAAAAGUUGGCAGUUAUACAAGGAAAAUGCACCACAUUGGCUAAUUUAAUUAACAUAGCCAGACCUCUAGGAAGUCACCAGUAACGUUGCUUAACCAGCUUAUCAACACAUAGCCUCCAGCACACACGUAUGCACGCCCCUCCGUGGGAGUCUCCUCUAACAGGUCUCCCCUCCUGGCCCAAUCAUCAUGAGGCUCAGAGAGAAAAAGAAGUCCCCCCCCCAUCCUAAAGUCACCUUCCUGGCCCUUCACUGUAUUUCCCAGGACCUCUCUUUUCAGGAUGAUUGUGUUAAUUCUCCAAGGGAAGCUCCAAGCCCUGCCUCAAAAUCAGCCUUAAUGUAUAUACUUCAGCAGGCCAAUGGUUCAGUAUCAGCAUAUUUCACCCAAAUUGUGGCUCUUAAGUCAUUCAUUGCACUAAGUAUGGCCCAGUCAAGAACCUUUUACAAAACGUCAAGUUCAGACAUACCCAGCUUUCCUGCAGUCUUCAGAUUCUCUGAUACUAAGAUCUUGUCAUUUGGGAACAAUAACAUAUAAACACAUGCAUUUUGUAUAGACACACACACAUACACACACACACACACGCACUCACACACCUGCUUGCUCUGAGAGGAUCUUAACAAUAAACAAUGAUAUGCUCUUGUAAAGCAGCAAAAAUCCAUAUAAAGAAAAAAGAAAAGUUUUCAAAAGAAAAGUUUUCUGUCCUGGAUCUGCCCUCUCCCACCCCAAAAAGUGUCUGCAGAGAAAGAGAAGUCUGUUAGAUCAAAUUUGAUUUCUGUGACUAAAUGGACCUCUGGGUCUAAAGUGUCUGAAUUCAGGUUAUUACCUCUUUCCCAAGAACAGAGGGUAUUUACUUUCUUUAUUUUGUAGAAUUGGGUUGGUUUUCUCAGAAUGAAAAAUACAUCUGCUCUAGGUCUCACUUCUUGGGGUAUAAAAAUUUACUUGCAGCAUCAAAGUAGUAGAUUCCUCAGCUUCUGCCUUUUGGUGUCCCAGAACUUUGAAGCACAGUCUCAUGCAGCAAAUCCCAUUGCAUAAGAUUUGGUGAGUGUUUGUGGUUUAUGUACAUUACUUCUCUGUGAUGUGGGCUUCGUUUAUCUGGUAGAUAAUAGUGAUGCUUUGAUUCCGAAACGUUUUCAUGCCGUACAGUAAAUUCUCACAUCUUUUCUGAAUUGUGAAAUGAAAGUUGUCUCUAGAAGGAAGACAGUAAUAUUUUUCUAGCUGUCGAACUGUAUAGGAAAAAUUAUAAAGAGACUCAUAAUGUGUUUUCUUAGUGUGGCCUAUAAAAAAUUAAACUUCAUUAAUUUCCUUUAAAAUAAACUCUGCAAUGAAAUAAACUCUGCUCUC